GCCAAAAUAUUAACACGCAACAUAAACCAAAAUCGUCAAGUUGUUGAUCAAUUUGACAUACCACAUUCGUUUUGAACCACAUCCAAUUAUCAAAAUACCCUCAUUAUCGUCUUUACAUCUUCCUCUCCUUCUCUCAAUCUCUUGGGAACCCAAAAGUACUUCCACUUCCUCCAAAAUACUAAUCUUCGUACAUUUCAUCAAAAAAUAGAAACAAGUCUCUUUGAUUCCAUAGAAUCCAUCAGAAUGAAACUUCUUUUAAGUAUUCCGCUCAUAGUCUCUGCGCUGGCUGUUGAGGCCGCCGCUGGCGGAGAUGCAGUCGUCAAUCAAGUCCAUGAUGAGGCUCGAGCCAUAUCCAAUGGAGGUCUUGAUCUACCAGGAACUUCACUUGUCACCAUCAAUAAUGUAGUUGUCGCAUCAACAUUAGCUUCUGCUUUCGGCGACUCCUCCGUUCUUGCUACUAUCGAAGCCUCUGUAGCUACAUCAAGUCUUUCUGAUAAUUUCCCUCCUGUUAGCCCUGGUCAUACCAAUAUUCACAGCAGCAGUUAUGAGUCUACAACUGUUGUUGUCUCUACUAUUACUGUAACACCACAGCAAUCAGUUGAUAUCACUCCAGUUACACAGACUUCCACUUCUCCUUCUGCUAUUGAUAAUCAAGGCGCGGCUCUUGUUUCUCCAGCUGAUUCUGGCGCUACGAUCACAUCUGACCCAUCUCCAGCCGCUUCCGACAUCACUCGCCCAUUGGUAUUGGAGACAUCUAGCUUGGAGCCAGAUACACCUUCUUCAGCUGUUGCCGCCGUUCCACUCGCGUCAACCUUUCAGUCCUCUGCUGCUCAAUCGUCUAUUGUUGAAUCCACUUCAGAUCAACAAUACACUUUUGCAUCUUUGCCCACUGAAUCGUCGGCUGCUCCAUCUUCCACAAUUUUAUCAUUGCCUACACAAUCCUUGACGAUUAAGCCAACACCAUUUCAAUCAUCUGCAGCUCAAACAUUAUCAGAAAGCAGCACAAGUCAAGUUUCGGUUGCUCCAAGUCUUCCAACAGUCAGCACCACUGAUGCCCCAUUUCUCAACAGCACUACUUCAACUGUUCAAUCAUUGAGUAAGUCUGUGACUUACCCAAGCUAUACGAUUGUUUCAGCUUCUUCGACAUCCAGUCUAUCUACCCCUGUUGCUUCUGCAAUUGUCGGAACACCACCAGGCAAUUCUGCAAAAAUUCCUACAAUUACUCCACCAUAUAACAAUGUAUCAAGUACCGUGAUCUCUGCUAUUGUUGGCACCCCACUAAGUGUUUCCUUCAACAAUUCUUCAAGUACUCCAGCAUCAGACAAUAUUGGCACAACCUCAACUUCGGCUACAAGCACAACUACAAUUACUUCAACAACAACUCGUACUGGUACCAUUACUAAGACCAUUACAGAAUCAUCUGCUGAUGUUACUUCUCAAAGUAUCAUUGGCAAAUUUCCUGACAUUGAUGGUCCUUCCUCAGCUGCACGUACCACAGAAACCUUCACUUCUGGUGGACGUACCUGGACUACAACCGAAACUGGUCCUCCAAGUACUGUUACUGCUUCUCUCAUGUUGAACCCAUCAUACUUCGCUUCCAGUAAUGGCGGUGUUGUUGCUUCAAAUGGUGUUGCGCCAUCUUCAGGAGUUUGCACUUGCCCAUCCCAAGUUACCGUCACUGUCACCGCAACACCAUUUGUCGUUUCAGGUGGUACUCUUACAGCUACUGGAACAAUAGUUGCAUCAUCUGCCAAUUCUCCAGAUGAAUCUAACGGUCCUUCAUCGCAGACAGCAUACUAUCCCCCAGCCCAAGCAUCAUGGAGUACACACAGCGUUCCUGGAUUCAUCGGUGUUACCAUUCCGAGUGGGGGAAUGUCCUUUCCUCCUAAAGAAUCGGCUACUUACUCAUUUUCUACUGCCCCCACCAAUUCUCCUUCCCUCUCCCACACUCACCCAUACAUGAGCAUUGAACCCACACCAAACCUUAGCGCGUUCUCCAACCAUUCCACAGCCAGUACCGGUAGUCUCUUAGGCACAGGGGUAGGAACUGGCGUCGGUGCAGUCAUUACUCCAAGUUAUGCCCCUACUACCAAGUCAUCAGUUGGCCUUCCACCAGCCGCUACUGUCACUCCGGCCAUCUACUCUGGCAACGCUGAUGUCAAUAUCGUCGGCACCGAAUCCAUCGUCUUAAUCGUCGGUUUCGUCGCUCUUGUUCUUCUUGUCUAACCUUUCAAACAUUUAUUUGAAGAGGAAGACCCGUCGAACUCUGUUGUAGAACAACUAGAUCAAUCGAAAAUAUGGCGUGGUGAUGUGAUACGAAUCUUAAAGUGAUGGAUACCCAAAUAUGAGGAAAUUGCAUUUAUUUAUUUACUUGCACUUUCUUGCAUCUUUCUUUUACAUAUCUGACUACAUGCCUUUAGGAUUUUUCGUCGGAGGAUAGGAUGGAUAGGGUUUGCACGAGGAUCUUGCCAACGGCGUACAGAUUAGGAUUUUAGAGGCUCAGAUUGCUUUCACUUCUUUAGUUAGCCAUUUAUGAAUCAACGUUUUUA